AUGUGUACCGUGUAUCGGACUGUACUACUCUCGAACGGUGGUCAUUAUUUGGGCAAUUUACUGGCGAGCCGCUUGGAGAAAACGAACGAAAGUGAUGAGGAGAAAGCUGGAAAUGCGGAGAAAACUGACAAAUUGAGGGAGGAAAACGCGAAAAUGGCGAAUGAAGUGAUACAGGUGCUCGACACGAUGACCAACUACUCGGUGGUCGAUUGUGGACGACAACUAGCUCUAAGUGGAUGUGGCAAGCGACUAUUGGACUUGUUUGUUGAGAAAGAUCUGAAAGGGGGUCGGUUGUUGGUGAUGCGUUUGUGCAAGGGGAGCACACACUUUCGCGAUGCGCUCGGAGAAGCGAAAAUGGUUGACACGGUACUUGCUUCUGGACUUUCCCCGUCAGAAUUGGCCCCUCUUCUCAUUCCGUUUUCGCAAGAUGCCUGGGGGCGUGCGAAACUGCGAGAAUCUGGCGCCCUUGAUCUACUCAUCGAGCAUUUGGCUAGCACGGAGAAUCUUCAAGAAUUGGUGUCACUAAUUUCAUCGUUUCGUCAUUAUGCUCACGAUCGGGCCGGUCUGUCGCAUCUUUGUCGAAAUCCGCUCUUUAUGAAUACGACGGUUAAACAUAUAACGACUUAUUUGAAGAAACAGGAUGAUAGUUGCAAGCCAUCAAUGAACGACGAGGAAGAGGAUUUUCGACCGAAUAGCCCGCUUUUGCUGGAAAUUGAGAACAAAUUGUCGACAAGGCAUAAGAAAAUUGAGAAUCCGUCGUUCUCCCCGUGGUCUCACGAAGGCUCACCGUAUACAUCACAUUCGUCUCCCAAGCAAAAUUCAGAUACAAUUUCCUCGGCCAUCGAGUUCUCGCCCAGCUCCUCGGCGGCUUGUUCACCCUACUCACCGUACUCUUCACCGGCUUCGUCCGGAUCACUUUCGCCUUAUAGUUGCAGUUUUCACUCGCCGGGAAGAAGUUACUCAUUUCCUAAUUUGGAAGAACUGCAUUGUUCAUCGGAUUAUGAGGGAGCUUUGAAACAAUUUGGUGACAGUGCGAAACAAGAUAAACUGGAUGAGGACACUUUACAGAAACAGUUGAUCGAGGGCGAGCUUUCGUUGUGGAGUUGGCAGUCGCAAGAUGAUGGAAAUAUCCCGUUUUUGGUUCGCGAGGAUCUUGUGAUCUGUUUGAUCGAUUACAUACGACAUGCUCCAAAUAAUUACGCUAGAAUGGGUAAAACGUUGAAGCGCAUUGCAAGUAAUCGUUUAAAAGUCGGGCAAUUGUUGGCGAUGCAUUUCCACGUGAGGGUGAUGUACGCGUUUUGCUUUACGCCUUGCAGAGUGACACGACGGGCUCGUCGCUGUUUCAAGUGUGAACGAACGAACGAGAUUGGCCGGGAAGUUUUGCGAGAAUUCGCUCGACACGUUGAUAGUGAAUUUGGGCGUGAAGCGCUUUCUCGGCUAUCCAAUGACACAAAGGAGUUGGAGGUUUCUUCAAAAACGGCCACCGUACUUUUCGUUAGGAAGAAUAUCUACAAUUCUACUCCAAACAUCGAGCCUUUGCUUCAAAUGCUAGAAGGAAUUCUUGCUGUGGAAGACUUUGACGCUGGAGGACCAUCGUAUUUGGAUGGACCACCAAUUAUCUGGCAACUGAUCGCCACCCUUUCAGUACUCAUUCCAUCUACAGUAUUCAGGGAUGUCUUUGAAAUUGAUGCCAAAUGGGAGCCACCCGAGAAUGUCGAGUGUCAGAUAAAAAAUGGAAAGGAUGGAGAGGACCAAGAUGAAGAGAAUUACAUCGGUUUCGUUGAACCAAAUGGAAAACUCAUCGCGAAAGUUCGACUUGAAAAUCUGUGUGAAAACAGUGAAUACUUCAUGGGUAUGUUCUCGACGGAUUUGAUCGAAAAAGUAACCGGUGUUCGGGAGCUGACAUUUUCCGAGGAAAAGGAGGGAUGCUCACGAGAAGUUUUCGUCAUCUUUCUUCAUCUGCUUUCUGGAUGUCGGAAUAGUGUUUGUGCGAAUGUCUCGUCGGCGGAAAUUUGCGCAUCUUUGAUUCAGUUGUCCGAUCGUUAUCUGAGCCCUUCCAUCAUGAAAUACUUGUGUUUACCCCAUGGCCCGGCUCGUCGCCUUCUCGAUGGCUCAACCCUACCCGUCUUUCUACAAGCCGCCUUGUAUUUGUCGGAAAACUCAAAAUUGAUCGAUUUGUGCUUCUUGACGUUGAUCAAAUUGUCGAAAGCGGACGAAAUCGUGGCCGCUCUCCGCGUUGCGUCAUCAAAUAAACGAUUGUUGCCGACAUUUCUCGACUAUUUACGUGACUUUGUUAAGAAUUAUUCGAAUUUCAAGAGUCUAACACGGCUUACUAGU